AUGUUUAUCAGUAUUUUAAGACUUAUCGAAGUGGAUGUCAUUGCACAAGACAAUCCGUACACCCCGCGAACUCUCGGAUUGCAGCUCCUGAAAGGAACGUGGUCUGACUGCGUGCUUCUAAUGGUUCUUCUGAUCGUUGGUCAAUCUCAAGUGAUUCCGACCGACAUGGAAGCCUUUGAAGUUGAUGAUGACCUUCCCAGAUGGAAAGCAAUGGAUUUGCACGAAUGGGUUCCGCGAUUCGGCCGAAUCAAGCGGAAGCCACUGUACAUCACGGGUGGAAUUCGGUAUUGA